AUGUCCUACUCCGGUUCCAACCAUUCCGGCGACAAGCUCGACACUCGCUACAGCACGCCAGCUCCUGAGCUGGACGACCAUCGCCGACGCCGAGCGACAAACCUCAAUCCGCAGUCCCCCGAAAUUCCAGCCCUCGCGGUUCAGCACCCAACCCCUAGACCGAGUGUGGCCGAGGGGAGCGAGAUUACUGCCAGACUUGACGAAGCCUUGAAAAACGCCGCCAUUGGCAGCCCAAGUCCGGUCAACGCGCGAGACUUUGAGCAAGCCAUCGAAGAUGGCGACGAUGAGAUUGACGUGGUGUCGCCUAUCAACAGGCCAGGAAAGCCACGCCAGUUUACCAAUCGUGCUGGCCGUCCGAUCAACAUGGGCCGCCAUGACCGCUCAAGGGACAGCUCCUCUUCGCGCUCUUCAUCUCCGGCAAACUCGAUCGAGGCCUUUGCUGAGCCACGCCGUCGCGCAAGGGCGAACACAAUCGACAGCCGCGCCUCCUCUCCAAGCUUCAAAGCUCGUACCUUCUCUGACCAUCAAUCGCGGCGCCCCACCUUGAGCCAAAUCAGCGCUCCAGCCAAUGUAACUCAGCGGACUGACCGCGAUGCCGACGAGCGCAUGUCCUUCGUCGAUGAUGAACCAGGCAAGACACUGAAGAUUGACUAUGAGGAACUUGAGGAAUUCGUUGCACUUUGCAAUCAAGGCAAAAUCCCCGAUGACGAUCCGACCACCCAAUCCGAGUCUGGCAGCAAUGAAGGUUCGCCCAAAGUCUUUGAGGACAUACGGCCUAUGCAGGCCAGCGCUUCUGCACCCAAUGUUGCUCUCAACGGAGAGACCUUCUACGAGAAGCCCCUAACCAACCUGUCCAGCAACAUGACUAGAGUCGAGCGCAUUACAACUCGUGAUGAUGUCGUGCCCACCAACAGAUUCACAUUCUUCUCUUCGGAUGUGCGUACUCCGGUCAAAGCUCCUAAGCUUGGUGGCCUUCUCUCAGGAGACAAUACGUUCCGCGACCUCUUCGAGGUCGGCGCUGAAGGUGGUGUCUGGUGGCUCGACGUUUCGAACCCGACUCGCCACGAGCUUGAGGCCAUCUCAAAGGCUUUCAAGAUCCAUCGCCUCACCCGGGAGGAUAUUGAAAUGCAAGAGCCUCGCGAGAAAGUUGAGCUGUUCCCACAGUACUACUUUGUCUGUUUUCGAUCGUUCAAUAUGGACAAACACUCGGAGGACUUCCUGGACCCGAUUCAUGUGUACAUCAUUGUCUGCCAGGAUGGCGUGCUAUCUUUCAGCUAUACGCCCAACCCGCACGCUAAGAAUGUGCGCCGCCGAAUCAACAAGCUGGGCGAUUUCGUCUCGCUCGGUCCUGACUAUAUCUGCUAUGCGAUGAUAGAUGACAUUGUGGAUUGCUUCGCGCCUGUCAUUCGCGAUGCCGAGCAAGAGUCCGAGGAUAUUGAGGAUCAGGUCUUCAUCGCCCGCGAAGAUGACCUUAGUGCGCUGCUCAAGCAGAUUGGUACGUGCCGCAAGCGCGUGCUUAACAUGAUGCGCUUGCUCGGUGGAAAGGCAGACGUCAUCAAGGGCUUUGCGAAGAGAUGCAACGAGAGCUACGACAUGACACCCCGUGGUGACAUCGGGCUGUACCUAGGUGAUAUCCAGGAUCACGUCGUCACUAUGAUGAGCAACCUUGGCCACGUCGAGAAGAUGCUUUCACGAAGCCAUGGCAACUAUUUGGCGCAACUCAAUGUUGACAGCAUCAUGAAGGGCAACGGUGUUAACAAGUCGCUCACGAAGAUCACAAUCGUGGCGACGGUGCUUGUGCCGCUCAAUCUCAUCACCGGCCUCUUCGGCAUGAACGUCCACGUCCCAGGCCAGGACAUCGGCGGGUACGGAUGGUUCUUUGGCAUCUUGGGUUUCAUUGCGCUGUUUGUCACGACUGCACUAGGUGUGGCGAAAGCUCGGAGAAUGAUCUGA